AUGCAGCAGCACCGCACACCCAGCAAGCAUUUGCUGCAGGACGGGUCUGAAAAUGCUCGCGGUGGACUGACGGAGACCGUCUGCGGUGAGACCGGCUUCGACGGGAGCGGCUGCGAUGUGAUCGGCUAUGCCUCCGAUAAUGGCGAGAGGGUGAUCUUGACCGACUUCUGCGAUGGAAGGCAGAGUUUUAUUGGACACCAGCUGGGUGGGGUUGCCGAAGUGCCAAACAGCAAGGAUCAGCGGGUCAAAUCCGCCAGAGCCAUCCAAAUGACCUACUACCUCCAGAACUAUGGCUCUGUGAUCCAGGACCACAUCAACGAGCAGUGGGAAAAUGAAUUUUGCACACUAAUUCACCAGCUGCAAGAGGAACACCCAGACAUUCAGCUCUAUUCAAUGGCUUCGUUCAGCUUGCUAAGAGACUUCCAGAAAACCAUAGAGUUGUCUAGAAGUAAGAUAGUGGUGAGUCUCAUGCUGGUCCUUCUGGCUGCCACUCUCUCCAGCUCUAUGAAAGACUGUCUACGCAGCAAGCCUUUUCUGGGCCUACUCGGAGUACUAACAAUCUGUAUCUCCAUUGUCACCGCGGCAGGGAUAUUUUUCGUUACUGAUGGAAAAUACAACUCAACUCUGCUGGGAAUACCAUUCUUUGCCAUGGGUCAUGGAACAAAAGGAGUUUUUGAGCUUCUUUCUGGAUGGAGGAGAACUAGAGAAAGUUUGCCUUUCAAAGACAGGGUAGCAGAUGCCUACUCAGAUGUAAUGGUGUCGUAUACAAUGACCAGUUCUCUGUACAUCAUCACUUUUGGAAUGGGCGCUAGUCCUUUUACAAACAUUGAGGCAGUAAAGAUAUUUUGCCAGAACAUGUGCAUUACUAUUGUCCUAAACUAUUUCUAUGUUUUCUCCUUCUAUGGCUCGUGCCUAGUCUUUGCUGGCCAACUGGAGCAAAAUCGAUAUCACAGUAUCUUCUGUUGUAAAAUUCCUUCCGAGGAGUAUUUGGACAGACAACCAAUAUGGUUUCAAACAAUGAUGAGCGAUGGGCAUCAGCAUUCGACCCACCAUGAGCCAGACCCUUAUGAGAACCAUUUCAUUUACCAUUUUAUAAAAGAUCACUAUAAUGAGUGGAUCACAAAUACAUAUGUCAAACCCUUUGUGGUCAUAUUAUACCUCAUCUAUGCAUCAUUCUCAUUCAUGGGCUGCCUCCAAAUUAGUGGUGGAUCAAACAUUAUAAACCUUCUAGCAAGUGACUCUCCCAGUGUUUCUUAUGCUUUUAUACAACAAAAGUACUUUAGCAACUAUAGCCCUGUGAUUGGAUUCUAUAUCUAUGAACCUCUUGAAUACUGGAAUGCAACUGUUCAAGAAGACUUGAAAACCAUAACUCAUGGAUUCAAUACGGAAUCUUGGAUGGAGCAAUUCUACCACUUUUUAAAGGUUGGCAAUAUUUCGGCAUCAAACAAAACUGAGUUUAUCAACGUUCUCCAAAAUGUGUUCUUAAAGAAACCAGAAUUUCAGCACUUCAGAAAUGACAUAAUUAUUUCUAGGUCAGGCGAUGAAUUGAAUAUCAUUGCAUCCCGGAUGUAUCUGGUAGCUAGGACUAGUGAAAACACACAACGGGAAGUGGUUGAGCUCCUUGAAAAGCUGAGGCCACUCUCGUUGAUACAAAGCAUCAAGUUUAUUGUCUUCAACCCCACAUUUGUUUUUAUGGAUCAUUAUGGCUUGGCAGUGACAAUGCCAGUCGCUAUUUCUGGAUUUAGCAUCUUGCUGGUGUUAAUUUUAACCUUCUUCUUAGUCAUUCAACCUUUGGGAAACUUCUGGCUGAUAAUUACUGUCACUUCUAUUGAAUUGGGGGUAUUGGGUUUAAUGACAUUAUGGAAUGUUGAUAUGGAUUGCGUAUCCAUCAUGUGCCUUACUUACGCUUUGAACUUUGCCAUAGAUCACUGUUCCCCUCUGCUUUAUACAUUUGUCUUAGCCACUGAGCACACAAGAACUCUAUGCAUACAAGAUUCACUCAAGGAGCAUGGCACAGCUAUUACCCAGAAUGUCAUAUCGUUUCUUGUUGGGCUGGUACCCCUUCUGUUUGUGCCUUCAAACUUGACCUCCACACUGUUCAAAUGCUUGCUGCUGACUGGCAGUUGCACGAUACUGCACUGCUUCGUCAUUUUGCCUGUUUUCUUAACCUUCUUCCCUCCUUCUAAAAAACGCCACAAGAAAAAGAGAAGAGCCAAACGGAAAGAGAGAGAAGAGAUUGAGUGCAUUGAAAUUCAGGAAAAUGCAGAUCACGUGACUUCUAUUUGAGAAAACAGUGGUCAUUACUUAAAGUAUUUGGACAAUUGCAGGGAUCGUAGGCAAAAAUCAACUGCUUGUGCUGGCCAAAGUUGUACGAAGGGGUAUUUUUGAAACAUCAAGGUGCAAGAUUUUUAUACUUUUGUAACAAAAAUGUAUUCAAUUCAAUUUUCUAUUACCUCAUUUUCAUAAUGAGUCUGUUUGGUGGAAACAUGGGCAUAAAUAGGAAUUUCCCUGGUUUGCAACUGUCUUGAUCCUUUAAAGUUUCAAGAGCAGGAGAUUUGACUUGUUAAAUGUGUAUAUUUUUAUACAUGUUAAACAAGCAUGUUUUGGUGUGUCAGAUUAAUCCCCUAUAUUUUAUCCCAUGCUUUGAAAGGACUGAAGUUAAGAUCUAAUCCAAAAAAUUAUAUAUAUAUAUUUUAGAUUUGGAUAGAGAAGGUUUAGGAACUCUCUAAUUUUUGUAUUGCUGUCUGUGUCUUUGCUGUGGAGAUUUUUUCCACUCUUCUUGUCUUGGUGGCCAUUAGGAGAGCAGGUAACGGGGUUAUGCAAAUGUUAUGUUUUUCACAAUUUCAGUGACAGGAAAUACAGUAAAUUGUA